AUGGCGCGAUUCGGCUUCAUCUGGUGGCGAUUCUCCAAGCGCCGUUACGCUCUUUACCAGCAGAAAAAUCUCGAGGGAUACGUCGGCUUCGCCAGCCUCCCCAACCAGGUCUACAGGAAGUCUGUGAAACGGGGCUUCGAGUUCACACUAAUGGUUGUGGGUGAAUCAGGCUUGGGCAAGUCCAUGAUGAUUAACUCUCUGUUCCUCACUGACCUGUACUCGUCAGAUCACCCGGGUCCGUCACACCGAGUCAAGAAAACUGUGCAGGUGGAGCAGUCUAAAGUGUUGAUGAAGGAGGGCGGCGUCCAGCUGCUGCUCACCAUGGUGGACACCCCGGGGUUCGGAGACGCCGUAGAUAACAGUAACUGCUGGCAGCCAGUCAUCGAUCACAUCGACAGCAAGUUCGAGGAUUACCUGAACUCAGAGUCGCGCGUUAACAGGAGACAGAUGCCUGACAACAGAGUUCACUGCUGCCUCUACUUCAUCGCUCCCUCAGGACACGGGCUGAAGCCGCUGGACAUCGAGUUCAUGAAGCGGUUGCACGAGAAGGUGAACAUCAUCCCUCUGAUCGCCAAGGCGGACACCCUCACCCCUGAAGAGUGCCAACAGUUUAAAAAACAGAUCAUGAGAGAAAUCCAGGAGCACAAAAUCAAAAUCUACGAGUUUCCGGAGACCGACGACGAAGAGGAGAACAAACUGGUGAAAAAGAUCAAAGAUCGACUUCCUCUGGCUGUAGUCGGCAGCAACACCAUCAUCGAGGUGAACGGGAAGAAGGUUAGAGGGAGGCAGUACCCAUGGGGCGUGGCAGAAGUCGAAAACGGAGACCACUGUGAUUUCACCAUUCUAAGGAACAUGCUCAUCAGAACUCACAUGCAGGACCUGAAGGACGUCACCAACAACGUCCACUACGAGAACUACAGGAGCAGGAAGCUGGCAGCUGUCACCUGCAACGGGAUGGACAACAACAAGACCAAAGGACAACUCACCAAAGAUGACAUGGUCGAAGGCAUGAGCCCUCUGGCGCAGAUGGAGGAGGAAAGGCGAGAGCAUGUGACUAAGAUGAAGAAGAUGGAAAUGGAGAUGGAGCAGGUGUUUGAGAUGAAAGUCAAGGAGAAGGUCCAGAAGCUAAAAGACUCCGAGGCAGAGCUGCAGCGCCGUCAUGAGCAGAUGAAGAAGAACCUCGAGGCUCAGCACAAGGAGCUCGAGGAAAGGAGACGUCAGUUCGAGGAGGAGCGAGUGAACUGGGAGACCCAGCAGCGCCUCCUCGAGCAGCAGAAACUUGACGCCUCCAGGACUCUGGAAAAGAAAGCGAAAAAAGGGAAGAUAUUUUAAAAAAAAAAAAAACGUUUGCAAUACAACCGUGUUGUUCAUCGCCGCUUCCCCUGAGCGCCCGAUAUCCGCCAUAAACGCCACAUUCGGCUCACAGCUGGACGCGUACACACAGCCGGGUGUGGACUAAAGCCAAACCCUUCUAAAUGUUUCUACACACACGCACACACAUGCCAAAAUCUGUACUCUUAUAUAGUUUUUUUUUACCACAUGACCUUCGAUGUCAGUGAAAUGGUUUUCUGUGAUCAUUGUCGUUACCAUGGUGUCAAAAAAACAAAAUGUUAACAAGGGCAGAUUUUAAUGAGUUACUCAGAGUAAAACUCUAACUCAUCAACUUCAUUACAGCUUCACUGAUAUUAAUAUUUCAGCUAGUUUAUUUUUUAUAUAUAUAUAUACAUAUAUAUAUAUAUAUAAAAUGUAUUUACGUUUAUCUGGAGCCAGUUAAAAUCCUAAACCUGUUUAGUUUUUCCCCGUUUGAUCCUCAGACGGUUUCGUAAACGAUCUCGUCCAGCCGAUCGCUACGAGGAAACGGCGGUGAUUCCGGUUUAUUUGUUAAAGCUGCAUAAAGCUACACCUCACCUAACAUCACCUGAUGUAUUAUUCUAAGGAGAAAAAAAAGUAACGCAUAUUUCCCCUCUUUGGUUAUAUAUGUAUUCCUUUUCUGUAUUUUUUUUUUUCUAUUUUAUUUUGCAUAUGUUAUUGUACAGUCACUUAAUAAACGUGUGAUAUGGAGUGAAAUAAUGUUACAUACUGAUGUUUCUGCAGACAAAGCAGUAUUCCAUUGAUUUUCUUUUUUAUAGUACCGUCUAAUCGAUUUACGGUGGAACUUCGAAAUAUUCUUCAGUAAAAAACCUGUCUGGAAAACUUA